GCGCCCCCGUGCUCUGCGGGCCCGCCCGAGGUGCUGCACUAACAGCAGCCCCCCAGCCCCCUUCCGGCGCAUGCGCUUCUCAUCCCCAUCCAGGACUUCGGUAAAACCGCGGAUUUACCCCAACCAGGUUCUAGGUCGCUGACCCCGGACGCCGCUCGCUGGUUGUGGCUCUUUCCCCAUUUGGGCGAGGAGCCCCUCCCUGCUCUCUGCCUUGCGGAACCAGAGGUGAAGGCCCGGUUUCCUGCCAGUCGGGGGAAAACGAGCAUUUCCGGCGAUUGGGGCGCACGUGCCGAGAUGGGCUCGGGGUCGCUUCCGGGACCGCUUCCGGGGCUGACAGACCAGUGUAUCCGCCGCGGGUGAGUCGGGGGUCGGGCUGGGCUUGCGCUUAGCCGGUAGGCCGCGACUGCGGGGCCGGCGGCGGCCCCCUGAGCAGGGCCGGGAGCCCCAGGACCCGGGCCGGUGCCGGGAUGGCGAAGGCGAAGGUACUGACCCCUAAGCGCGCCCCGGGCUCCCCCGGCGCCGAGCCAGCGCUUGUCAAGAAGGUGGUUCGGAAAAAAAACAAGAGAUUCCGGGGGAGAAAAGGGCGGAACGUAAGCCAGAAACCGGAAAACGACCCCAGACUUGUCGUGGUGCGACCUCCAAAAGCACCAGAAGACUUUUCCCAAAAUUGGAAGGCGCUGCAGGAGGUCUUAACUGUGCUUGCGAACAGCCUGGCUGGGGACUUGAGCACAAGCAGGCCUCAGAUCCCUCCCUGCGUGAGAAUGGAGCUGCUGAAACAAAAAUCACAGGCCCCGGAAAAGCAUGUUGUUCUCUCUCAGAUGGAUUCCAAAAAGCAGCCCAAUGUUACCCAACAAAACGGAAAAGCGACACCAGGUAAAGCCCAGAGAGAGGAGGUCAGGACUGGGAAAGCAGACCGCAAGGCCCCAAGAGGCCCUGCUCCCUCAGGAUCUCUGGUGGACAGGAAGGGGCCAGCGCCUCCCACAAAGGCCAUCAGGGCAGAGCACAGCGGCCCAGGAACCAAGGAAAGGAUGCACGGUGACGUGGCUCCCCAGCGAGGAGCCAAGCACAAGAAGCGGAAAGCUGAGGAGGCAGCCACAGCCCUGGCACCAGCCCUGCCCACUGAAGAAGACCUCUGGUUUGAUGAUGUUGACCCGGAGGAGAUCGAAGCGGCCCUAGGCCCAGAAGCAGCCAAUAUAGCAAGAAAACGCCUGGGUCAGAGCAAGAGCAGCGUCACGCUGGUGAAGGAGCAGGCCUUCGGCGGCCUGACCAAAGCCUUAGCCAUGGAUUGUGAGAUGGUGGGCGUGGGCCCCAAGGGGGAAGAGAGCAUCGCUGCCCGCGUGUCCAUCGUGAACCAGUAUGGGAAGUGUGUUUAUGACAAGUUCAUCAAGCCCAGCCAGCCCGUGACGGACUACAGGACAGUGGUCAGCGGGGUGCGGCCAGAGCUGCUCAAGAAGGGAGAAGACUUUGAAGUUGUUCAAAAGGAAGUGGCAGACAUACUGAAGGGCCGAAUUCUAGUUGGACACGCACUACAUAACGAUUUAAAGGUACUGUUUCUUGAUCACCCAAAAAAGAAGAUUCGGGACACACAGAAAUACAAGCCUUUCAAGAGUCACGUGAAGAGUGGGCGGCCGUCCCUCAAGCUGCUUGCAGAGCGAAUCCUGGGGAUCAGGGUGCAGCAGGCAGAGCACUGUUCGAUCCAGGAUGCCCAGGCAGCAAUGAGACUGUACAUCAUGGUGAAGAAGCAGUGGGAGAGCGUGGCUCAGGAUCGGCGCGCCGGACUUCAGAGAGCAGCGGCGUCAGAGCUCACGGCGCCCGCUUCAAACAACGGCAGUGUCUCUGUCCACAGGCAGUUGUGAACGAACGAGUCACAGGACAGCUCGAGUCUCCCCUGGAGGCUCGAGCCUCUGGGAGAUGUCCCACCAUCAGGCAGUGGGUCGUGCAUGCUGCUGGGAAGAACUUCUUCCCUCUGAUUUUAUGAUCUAAGACGUCGUUCCCCCCUGUUGAGGGGGUCAGCACUGGCUGGUGUAGCUGCGGUCAGGGCUGGGCAGUGGGGACUGGUGGGGGUGCCUGGUGACUGUAGGCUUGGCCAGACCUGGGUGUCAGGACGGGCAGUCAGGGCCAUCGGGGCCACUGCAGUCACCAGGUCCAGCAGGUCUCCGGCGCCUCCGCUGAGGAGGCCUCUCUCUGCAUUGCCUCUCCCUGCAGCCCUAGGCAGUUUUCUGCAGGUGGCUCAGCCACAGCUUUGUGGAGGGGUUUUCUGUGGCUGCCUUUGGACUUGGAGGGACCUUCCGAGGGCAGGUGUUCCUUCCCCCAUCCCUAGCCCACCCAGUUCAGACCCAAGGUCAGAGCCCACCGCGUUACAUGAAGCUCUGGGACAAGUUAUUCCUGGAGGUGGGUGCCCCUCCCGGCCUAGGACAGAUGUGCUGCUCUGCAAUGCUUUUGAUGAAAAAGCCACAUGGGUCCCCUGGGCGGCCUGAGCUCUCUCCGCCUGGCCCAGGGUGAGGCUCUUGCUGAGAACCAGCCACAGAGUGCCAUGCAGAAGCCCAGGGCUGUACAAAAAAGGCCCAAACCCACUGUGGAUGUAACAUAAUAUAAACAGGUUUUUACUUGA